GCUCUGCAGCAGGAAGGGCUUGCCGAAGGACAGGCAGCACUGGGGUCUCCGCACCAGUGGCUCGCCCCUGUGCCCCUCUUGCAGCCGGGAGCAGACUGUCUUCCUGCGUGCAGCGCUCCCUUCUGUGCGCGUGGGGUAGAAGAAGUGGGGGGGAGUUCUCAGCAUUAAACAGCAUUUCCGUCACAGAAUGACCUCACCCAAGAAAGAAGCCCAGAGGAAGAGGAAAGAAAGAAGAAUGGCUCUUUCCCAGGGACAGCUGACGUUCGAGGACGUGGCCAUCGAGUUCUCCGAGGAGGAGUGGGCCUGCCUGGGGCCUGCGCAGCGGGCCCUGUACCAGGAGGUGAUGCUGGAGGCCAUCAGAAGCCUGGUGGCCCUGGGAAGACUUUCUGCUGGAUCUUUAAUCAAGGAACUAUCACAGGACAUUGUUAAAGGAAAAUUACAUCAUCUAUUGAUCUUGGAAAAUAAAAGCCAUGGCCUCAAGGAUUUGGACCUCACAGAAAUCUGGGGAAAUGCGGAUGCAUUUGAGAGUGCAUGGGACGAUGAUGGAAGGAAUGGUAAAGCCAUGUCCCCCACCCCCAACAGUCGCCCUGGUAGGGAAGAACAGCUUGAUGAGUCCUCAGCUGACGCUGCUCAAAAUCUGAGUGUUCCUGCAGGAGACAGUACAGACCUGUAUUCUGGCGACAAGCCACUUGAGAGGACCUUGCUGAAAGUGAACAAUGGUGUCAGCGAUGCUCAAAACAGGUAUAUUAAAUGUUUGCAAACGAGAACUGAAUCAAGUUUGCAGGCACACCUGACUGAACUGCCGAGCUGUCCGAGUAAGGAGAAGAUUUCAGAGUGCCACGAAGCUGAGAAGCCUAAGAGCAACGGUCCCUCAGUUUUGUCCCCUCAAAGGAUUCCGCCAAGUGUCAAAAACAUUUGUAAUAAAUAUAAGAAGAUGUUAAAAUAUCCUUUCUUACCUGCAAAAUACAGGCGAACACAUCCUAGAGAAAAAUGUUACAAAUGUAAUGACUGUGGGAAGACUUUCAGCAAAAGCUCCAACCUCACAAACCAUAAGCGAAUCCAUUCUGGACAGAGGCCUUACAAGUGUAAAGAGUGUGGCAAAGCCUUUACGCAAGGCUCACACCUCACGAGACAUCAGAGUGUCCACACGGGAGAAAAACCGUUCAAGUGUAACAUUUGUGCCAAAGUCUACACUCGAAAUUCACACCUUACGAGGCACCAGCAGAUGCACGGGGCGGAGAAGCCUUACAAAUGCAGGGAGUGCGGCAAAGCUUUUACCCAGUCUUCGAAUUUUACUCGCCAUCUGAGGAUCCACACUGGUGAGAACCUUAACAAGUGUGAGGAAUGCGGCAAAGCCUUUGCUGUCCAUUCAAACCUUGUGAAGCACAUGGAAGAAGUCCACUCUGGAGAGAAACCGUACUUGUGUCUGGAGUGUGGCAAAGCUUUUAAGCACAGCUCACACCUCACGAGUCAUCAGGCAAUUCGCCCUGGAGAGAAGCCCCACAAAUGCAGCGUGUGCGGCAAGGCUUUUCUGCAGUGUGCGAGGCUCACGGAGCAUCACCGGAUCCACACGGGAGAAAAGCCCUUCAAGUGCAGCAAGUGUGGUGACGCCUUCAUGACACGAUCGCAGCUUUGGGGGCACGAGAGAACUCACGCUCCAGAGAAGCCUCACAAGUGCAGCGAGGCCGGGUGCGGCCAGAGCUUCCUGCACCAGACGCAGCUUGUGCAACACAGGAUGAGCCACACGGGACAGAAGCCUCACAAGCCCCAUGAGAGCAACAAAGGCUUGAGUCACCGCUCAGACCUCACUAGAGCUCAGAGAGGCCAAACAGGAGAGAAAAAUUAUAAGUGCCCCGUAUGCGGCAAAGUCUGCAGUCGGAAGUCACACCUUGUACGGCACCAGAGAAGUCACACAGGCGGGAAAUCUCACAAAGGUAACAAACUGGGUAAAGCUCUUCCCCAAAAUCUGCGCCUGUGGAGUCAGGAGAAGACUCACGCUGGAGAGAAGCCUUACAGAUGCAGCGACUGUGGCAAGACCUUUGCGAAACGCUCAACCCUCACUACCCACGUAAGAGUCCACACCGGAGAGAAACCCUACAUUUGUAUCGAGUGUGGUAAGGGCUUCAAGCAGCGGUCACACCUCACAAACCACGAGAGCACACACUCCGAGGAGAAGCCGCACAAAUGCAAUGUGUGUGGCAAGGCUUUUAUCCAGAGCUCACGGCUGAUGGAGCAUCACAGAAUUCACACGGGGGAGAAACCUUACAAGUGCAGCAGGUGUGAUAAGGCCUUUAUCAAACGCUCACAGCUGUGUAGCCACGAGAGAACGCACACUGGCGAGAAGCCUUACAAGUGUAAGGAGUGUGGCAAAGCCUUUAGUCACGACUCCAACCUCAUCCGGCACCACAGAAUCCACACGGGAGAGAAGCCGUAUAAGUGUAAUGUGUGCGGCAAAGUCUGUAGUCGAAAUUCUCACCUCGUGAGUCACCAGAAGAUACACUCUGGAGGGAAACCUUACAAGUGUGUUGAAUGUGGCAAAGGCUUUACAGAUCAGUCAGCCCUCACAACUCAUAAGAACAUCCACACUGGUGAGAAACCGUACAAGUGCGAUGAAUGUGGCAAAGCGUUCGCCCAGUUCAGAAAUGUUACAAAGCAUCAGAAAAUACACACCAAAAAGAAACGCUAAAAUAGGUGGCGUUAUUUCUCCUGCAAAAUGGAAACUUUGGGCAUCACCAGAGUUCAUGGCAGGAGGAAACUUCAAGCAGAAAGACUGAGACAGAACGUAAGCCCUAAUGGUCAGACUGAACGUUCACAGUGGAGACAGGCCACACAAAACCAGUGCGCAUGGUGAGGCCUUGUCCCCAGAGCGCCACCACUGGAAAUCAGAAUAUAUGCAUUUGAGAGAAGCCGCACAAGCGCGAUGAAUGGCAGGGCUAAUGCCAACUUUACAUGUUGUGGAACAUGACAGAAAUUCACCCUGGAGAGAAAGUUUACAAAUACCAUGAAGGUGAUCUGCCUUUUCACAACUAUACACUUUCACGAAAGAAUUCAUGUAACACGGGAACCCGACACGUGUCAAGGCCUUUGGGGAGUGCACUCGGGAUACAGUUAAAAACCUCUGGACAGAAGCCAGUGAGGACAACUGCUGCUUCUGUCAGUUGGCAACAUGAGGAAAUUCAUACUAAGGGAAAAUGAGUCUAGUACGUCUGAAGAUGAAACCAUCCUCUUGUUAAAUUCCACCAAGAAACAUUAAAAUUAGUUAAAACCCCUGAGGCGACCUCCUUAGUGGAACGAGGACACCUGUAAGAGGUCUAGUUAGGUUUCGUUUGUGUUCCCUCAGGUAGGUGAGGCUUCUUGACAAAGCUGUAUUACUGGUGACGCCAGCUUGAAGUUUGGAAUCUGGUGUCGCUCUCCUCUGCAGGCUUUCCGCGUGCCACGGUGGUCCCUUUCCCCUAAGAGGCAAGCACCUGACUGAGUAGCGGGGUCAGUCACCCCGUGAGCCUGGAGAGAGUAGAGCACUGGUUUGUAGACAGACGACAGUCUAAAUCUGGAGCCUUAGAGAGUAGCAGAGAAUAGAUGUGAACUUACUAUGCCAAUUGUUCCCGUGGCAAUGGCCCCACCUCUACAGUUGCAGGUGACUGAGGGCUUCUGUUGCCCUACCAGGAAAGGGUUAUUCUACCAGAUGAUCGAGGCGUGCGGAGAAAGAAGUUUUCAUGUGAGUAGAGGGACUGACUAGGGUGGGUUACUAGGCACUAACUAGGGUGGGUUACUGGGCACAGCAAUGUGGUAGGAGAGGAGGAGGAAUGAAGUAGUGUUAAAAGGUAACACCUGCUAUGUAGUCACAGGCUAGUGAAAAUUAGGUUUUUGGAAGCUGAAUACACAGUUACACAGGCCAGUGAGGGACUCGAUGCUGACAACUGAAAUGGCCUUUAGAUGCCAUUUUAAUAUCAACAAACUUGUCAUGUAUAAGUAAGUAAAUAAUUUGUGUAACUAUGAAUCACAUCCCUUCUUUCACCUAAGAACAUCCCACUUCAUUGAGGUACAUACUGAACAGAGUAAGUCCUAAGACUCCAGGUUGUUAGCGCUAACAGUGGUAUCUAUACAAUUUCUGUAUUAAAAGUGAACAAACUGUACCUGAAAAUGUAUUAUUUCUGACUUGCAUUUGAGUCGUCACUCCACAGCGUAUGCCAGGCUAUUUCUGUGGCUGGAAUGACAUUACCACAGCAGUUCAAUUACUGCCCCCCCUCCCCCGUCGCUACACGCUUAGAUUUAUAUGGGCCCUCAUUUGUGCCAAAGAUGGACCUCCCAGUUGCUCCCUUAUGUGAAAUACUAAUAGACACUUUUUUUUUUAAUACUAGAAACGAGGGGAAAGAAAUUGUGUGCUUGUAUUGCCCUAGGAUAUGAUUUGAAAAGACCGGUAUUCAUGAGAAUAAAAUUGUCAUAACUGGCAACAUGAAGAUAUUGCUGAUAAAUUGGAAUUCUCCUGGACUCACUGAGACAUUUUGUUAGCCUGUACUCGGCCUAUUCUGCCAUCAGAGCUGAUGGUGCUGUUUGCUCGAGUCAUUACGAGUUUAUAUAUUCAGGACUUUCCAAGUUGUUCCAAAAGUGACUGGAGCGCAGGGAUGGGUGACCAGUGUGUUAUGGAGACGAGAUGGGGAUGGAGCAGCAGAACUUGUACUGUCGGUUUACUGGGCAAGGGAGGGAGCAUCUGGGCCUUAACCACACGCCUACCACAAGGGCACAGCAGGAAGUCGUGGGGAGGCUUAAAAUGUCAGUCACCACAUGUGAGCAUUCUUGCAGACGUAAUGCUUACUCUUGGAACUCCUGACAUACUGGUUGGGGAAGACUACCGUUUUCACCAUGCUAGUAAGUUUCAACAACAAGGAAUUGUCUGACCCACAGCAUGAACCUACAUGACAUGUGUAACAUGGCACUCAAAGCAAGAAUGUCUAUAUUAUGUCAGAUGUAGUUGUUUUCAGAGAAAAUAAAAUCACCGUGGGAAAUUACAAAACGACAGGCGAAGAAUCUGCCGAGGUGAUUCAGCAAUCCUAAGUGGACAUGCGCUAAAGAACACCUGCCCGGCACAGGUGUUCACAGAACUUGGGAAAAAUGGACAAAGUUGUUAAUGCAGUUUGUACUUGAAUGUAUCUCGGUAACAGAGAACUCCACAGAAUCAGCGGGCACAGAUGUGCAACAUGGGGUCCGGUCAACAUUUUUAGAACACUGCACAAAAAGUAGAUUAAUGCGGUUUUCACCGACAUCAGCAAGCUAGAUCAUGGCCGCUACCAUAUAAUACCCCUCAACAAGGUUAGACGACAUCAAACGACAGAUCAUAUCCUUGGCCUAUCAUGGAACCCAACUACAAACCAAAAACCGCAAAAAGGGACGUCAAACACUAGGAAACCAAGCAGCGUCCCCUUUCAGGAGAAGGUAAUGCCAUCAACGUGGGCUCCUACCAAGUCGGGUGGGGGUGGGAGGCAGGGCGAGCGUGGACAGUGGUGUUUCUGCAGUUUCUGCCUUUCGGAUACAGCAUUUUUUGUCUCCUUUAAACAUUAGUUCCUAAUGAGCCUGCAGAAAUGCUCUAAAGUCAGAUUGUGGGGAGGAUUUCACAUCUCUGUAAAUGUCCUAAAAACUAUUGAAUUCUACAGUUAAAAUGAAACGAUUUUAUGAUGUGUAAAUUACAGCUCAAUAAACUUGUUUAC